CCCCGCCCACAAGUGAGUUGGUGGCAUGAAGGGUCACUGCUUGACGACGUCGUGGAGAUGUCAAGCGGUGACAUCACGAGGAACGUCUUAACGCUGCCUAAUUUGACACGGCAGCACCUGUACAGAGUCCUCACAUGCCAGACGUCCAAUUCGAACAUGUCAUUGCCACUGGCAGCGACCGUGACACUGGAUAUGAGCUAUCCGCCCCUCGAGGUCAACAUUCUGGGCAACAACGCGCCGCUUUCCGAGGGCGAGCGAUAUUCCUUAGUGUGUGAAGCUUCGGGCUCAAGACCUGCCGCAAGUCUGACCUGGUGGAUGGAAGGAGUCCUCAUGACGGAUACCAAGGACCAGAUAUUGCAUGAGGGCAACGUCAGCCGCUCUACCUUGCACGUGGUGCCGACGAGGAGCAAUGACGGAGACAUGGUGUCCUGCAGAGCCGAAAAUGCCAUGCUAGAAGGGGCUGCUAUGGAAGACACGAGGAAACUGAUUGUAUAUUACGCCCCCAAGCUGGUACUCCGUGCGGGCGUGAGUCUCAACAUGUCCAACAUAAAGGAAGGUGAGGACGUGUACUUCGAGUGCGACAUCCAGGCCAACCCGAAGGUGUUUCGAGUCCAAUGGUUUCAGAACGGCCAAGAACUCCACCACAACAUCACGGCAGGAGUGAUCCUCAGCAACCAAAGUCUCGUCCUUCAAGGUGUGACACGCAAGUCCUCAGGGCUUUACACCUGUCGCGCCAUUAACAUGAACGGAGAGGCCAGUUCGAACGCCGUGCAGCUCAGUGUUAAGUUCGCGCCCGUGUGCUCGCCCGACCAGAAGUGGGUGUACGGCGGCGGUCGGCAUCAGCCCGUGAACGUGACCUGCCGCGUCGAGAGUCACCCGGAGGCGUCGACCUUCCGCUGGGCCUUCAACACGUCGAGCGAGUACGUGGAGAUCCCGCAGGACCGCAUCUUCUCCAGCCGCAGCCGCAGCAUGGUCGCCUACACGCCGCAGACGCACCACGACUUCGGUUCGCUCCUCUGCUGGGGCGUCAACGACGUCGAGGUGCAGCACCAGCCCUGCGUGUUCCAUAUCGUGCCCGCUGCCGUGCCCGAGCCCGUGCACAACUGCAGCGUGUGGCACAACGCCAGCGCGGCCGGCGAGGUAGUGGUGGCGUGCGAGGCGGGCUGGAGCGGCGGCCUCACGCAGACGUUCACGCUGGAGGUGCGGCAGGGCGGGCCGCGGGGCGGGCCGAAGGGCGGGCCGCGGGCGGGGGCAGGGGCGAGCCGCGUGCUGGCGGCGCUGCGGGACCAGCCUGAGCCGCACUUCACGGUGACGGGGCUGGCGCCGGGCACCGAGUACCGGCUGGCCGUAGUGGCCUCCAACGCCCAGGGCGCCGCGCCGCCCACCGUUCUCGUGCACCUUACGCCCAUCGACGUCGCCGAGAAGCGCACCAGCCCCUCCGCCGCCGACUCCGCGGGCGCCGGCUCCUUCGUCAGCCUCACGCCCAUCCUCGCCGUGCUGCUGGGCGUGGCGGCGUCGCUGGUCGUGUGCUCCGUCGUGCUCGUGGUCGUCAUGCGCGCCCGCAACGCCAACGCCCGCGCCCGCGCCGCCACGCAGACCAAGAUCAUCUACGACAAGGCGUCGCCGACCGCCAAGGGCGCCGACGACGGGGGCUUCGUGCAGCAGGAGAGAGGCCCCGACAUCAUCCUCGUCAAGAGCGAUACGAGGGUACCAGGUGAUGACAAGCAGCUGGUUCGUGACUACAUGAGAGGGCGAGAUGGCUCAUUCUACAUCAACCCAGGCUCCUUGCUCAACAAUGGUGCAGUAGUGACCCGGGAGACGGAGGCUCUCCUGCCGGACCCGACGAUGACCAGCAGCGUGUGUAGCCAAGGCGCCGCCAUCACCCGCGUCACGCCGUCGUCCUCCUCCUCCUCGGCCUUCCUCGCCUCCGUCACCUCUCCUUCGCCCGGCCUCACCUCCACCGACUCCCUCGCCCGCUCCUCCUUCUGCUCUGGGCGCGGCUCGCCUCCGGCCUCCUCCGUGUCGACCAACAGCCCCCGGGGGUCCACGUCGACGGUGGCGCUGCACCCCGACUACUGCGCUCAGGAGGACCCGAGGGCGCCUCUGGUCGCCGCGCCCCUCGCCGCCGCCGCCAGGGAGAGCUCCGUCUAGGCUCCAGGGCUAUAGAAAUAUCCUACGGUUUAUUUGCAGUCCUCAUCCUUCUGUAAAAAUAGAGAGAGAGGGAGAGAGAAAGAGAGAGAAACAUAGGCACGUCACAGACUCCUGAUAUGAAGGAUCUCCUGAAGCUGAGUGAAGUCGACUGAAGGUGGAAGGGCCUACCGUGUUCUCUGCGUUCAGAUGUCCAUGGGUGUUCUGUUUCCUUUGUGUAAAGAACUUGAAAGAACUCCAUGUCAAGUGCCAAGGUUGAUUUUUUAAAAUGAAGGUGAAAAAAGACUUUGCUUUCUUCUGAUCAUGGUACCAGGAGAGGAAAUAGUGCAUCAACCAAGGUAGUUAAGGUAUCUGGUGAACUGCAACUAAAGUGGAGUGCAUGCAACACGUUUCAGCAGAUACACUGUGACCUAUUGCAACAAAAACCUUGCAAAAAAAAGAAAAAAAAAAUAGGUGUAAAACUUCUUUGUUCUGAUCCUCCGAUGGCCAAAAUAUGUGCAGUCUUUGGGUAUAGAUGUGCUUCACGCUCAAUAUAACCUCUCAGUUGUCUUAAACAAUAUUCCAAUCUGGCUGUUAUCUCGGUGUAAGACGAAACAUGAUAUAAAACAUAUUUCUCAAAGAUUUCCAACAUCUCAGAAAAAAUAUAUCCAACGCUAUAUGUGGAAGAGAUAUACACGUGGAACCGAGUAUUACCAUUUUCUUCAGCCUGGGACCACUACAAGGCGAAGAUUAACUCAAGGAUCUUCUUAUCUCAUGUGUUCUGUCAGUAUAAAGAUGUGUCUGCUUGAAGUCUGGAUGGCAUUAAUCCUAAUGGGAAUGAUUCUCUUUUAGGGAUUUUAGCCCUAUGAGAAUCCUUUUCAUCUUACGUUUUAGAAAAGGAAUAAAACAGAAAAAAAAAAGAAAAAAAUACAUGUACUGGCAGUAAAAAAAGGUGUUUCAUAUUUAUGUUGUGUAAUAAAGUUUUUUUCGGUGUUUCAAACUAACUUUGGAGGCAACUGAUGAAGGAAAAGAAGACCAUUUUAAGUGACUACAGUAUUUCUUGUCAACAGGGUGUCCGAUAGAAAGUCAAAUUAGUGUUUUUGAUGUACCAAAAGAAAAAAAAAAAAAAAAUAAGAGAAAAAAAAGAAGAAAGAGAACAGAAAAAAAAGAAACUCAACGAAAUGAAUUGAUAUGAUUAGAUUUUCAUCGAUCAAUCAGGGUUCAGUAAUAGCUAUAACCAAGACAAAAAUCCCAUACUAUUUAGAAAGAAAGAAAGAAAGAAAGAGAAAGAAAGAAAGAAAGAAAGAAAGAUAAAGAAAAGAAAAGAAAAGAAAGAAAGAAAGAAAGAAAGAAAGUAAGAAAGAAAGAAAGAAAGAAAGAAAGAAAGAAAGAAAGAAAGAAAGAAAGUAAGAAAGAAAGAAAGAAAGAAAGAAAGAAAGACAGAAAAAUACUCUAAACAGAGGCCUCCAUGAGAAACCAUCGAAAUUAAAACGUACGUGUUAGUUCGCUAAAAGUCGUUUCCAUAGCAACGGCUUCAUCUCGCUGCUACAUCCAGGGUGCUCAUUCAUGAUUCCUCAAGCUUUUAUUAAUUGUUAUUAUUAUUAUUGUGAUUAUGACUAUGACUAUGAAGAUGAUGAUGAUGAAAUUAUCAUUAUCAUUUUUAUUAUUGUU